AUGUCUAGCAAUUCAACUCCUACUCCCAAUGCUAAUGCAACUCCUGCAUCUUCUGCUCAAGCAAAAUUAGCACUGCAACAGAAACAAUUAAUUGAGUUAACAAAUAAAUUCAAACAAUUGGUCAAUGAAGCAAAAGCGGUUGGUGAAAACACUCCAAGAGGCAAAGAAUUGCUAAUACAGGCUUCGAAAUUGAAGGCUAUCUAUGAAAAUUUUACAAAACAGAGACAAGCUCAAAUACAACAGUUACAACAACAACAAUUGCAACAACAACAAUUGCAACAACAACAGCAACAAACCCAGAAUGCAAUACGUCCAAAUACUAAUGCAUCUAAUGUUUCAAAUGCAAAUAUUGUAAACCAAUCCACUCCGGUUGGAGCUACACCUGUAUCGACUACUUCUUCAACACCAAACACAAACACAAGUUCUAAUUCUUCAACGCAGAUUGCUAAUAUAAUCAAACAAAUUCUAACUGCUGAACAAAAUCAACAAUAUGAUAAUUUAGUGAAGAAUUUCUUAGCAAAGAGGACAUCAAUUAAAGAUAAGCAUGCAUUCCUAAAACAAAAUAUCGAUAAACUAACACAAGAAAUUAAUAACAAUUCUAAUAAUAAUGAUGUAAAUGUUAAGAAGAACCUAGAGAUUAAAAGAAAUGAACUAAUCACAAAUUUAAAACAAUUAUCAUUAGAGUUCAGUAAAAUUCAUGAAGAAUUUAAAAAUGAUAAAAAGACAUUUUACGUUGAAUGUGCAAAACAAAACCCAGCGCUACAAAAAUUGUUACAGAAGAGCACUCAACAAGCUCAACAGGCUCAACAAUCCCAGGGCCAGCCAUCGCAACAAACUACCCCUCAACAGAUUCCUCAACAAGCUCAACAAUCUCAAAAUGCUCAAACCCAAGAACCACAGGUCCAAACUCCACAAUCGAAGAACGCGAAUUCAAAUAAUCAACCCAAUUUAGUACCAGGAGCUAAUCCAGCUGAUACAACAAAUCCAGACAGAUUACCUAUCACAAAUGUCAAUGCUGCUGCUUCAGCAAAUGUCAAAAAUAACCAAGCGAAAUCAGUAAUCUUCAAACAGUCGGAUCCAACUGUACCCAUUUCAGAUAAUGUUACUCUUGAACCAACUGAGCUAAUUCCAUAUAAGUCAAAUAGGCCAUCUCUUACUGGUGGUGCUGCUAUGAGUGCAGCUGCAUUAAAUGUCCCACCGCUAACAACCUUACCUCCAUAUGAAAUUGACACUGAACGUGUUAUGGCCAAGCGAAAGUUACGUGAAUUAAUUAAAAAUGUUGGUAUUGACGAAGGUGAUGGUGAAACUGUUAUAGACGGUGAUGUCGAAGAGCUAUUGCUUGAUCUUGCUGAUGAUUUUGUCACAAAUGUUACUAGUUUUGCUUGUAGAUUGGCUAAACAUAGAAAGUCUGAAAAUCUAGAGUCAAGAGACAUACAAUUACAUUUAGAGAGAAAUUGGAAUAUUAGAAUUCCGGGAUACUCGGGUGAUGAAAUUAGAAGUACUAGAAAAUGGCUUCCAACACAAGCUUUCUCACAAAAAUUACAAUCUAUUAAUAAUGACAAAUCCAACCCAUCAAACACUUCCAAGACAACUGCAAAAAAUAGUUCGCAAGCUUCUAAAUAG